AUGCACUUCUUGCUGCUGCGGUUGAGCUGAGCAUAGCACAAAAAUGCAACGUGCCGCGAACUUGCAGCCGCAGAUUGUCAAUGAGCGAAGACUUCACGCUGGUGAAGGACGGAGAAGGCGGCGAGCUCGACGGUGCGGGGUCUGUCAAGGCUGUAUACGAGAAGACUGUGGACAGUGUCGAAAUUGCAAAGAUAAGGUUAAAUUUGGAGGCCCAGGAACCAAAAAGCAAAGAUGUGUGCUGAGAGCAUGCGCCAACAUGCAGCUGCAGAAAAUGUCUUCAACAAGGUACUCUGAAGAGGAAGAGAAGGAUUUGACAAGUUUUAAAAUCACCUGUGUGUUUUGUGGCCGAAAGAGAAAGAAAGGUCUUUCAAGGUCUGCCUUCUUUUGCACCAAGCACUGCCAAACAAGAUGGCAAGACAGCCAUCCUGGGGAAUUACCAAUUCAAGCAUCUCAGAUAUCAGAUGAGGAUGAGUCAGUGACAGCUUUCUUUUUGGAGGCUGCAUUUUCAAAAGAGCAAUUUUGCAGAGAUGAAAUCACUACCAAUUGUUCAAGCUCUAACAAAAUGGAGGGGGAAACAGUGCUCCCUUUGAAGGACUCUGAAGAGACUGUGGUGGUAUGCCCUCAAGUACUCUUGUCUUCGAACGCUUACCCAGGCACACUCAGUCCCUCUCCUACACCCCUGUCCUCACCAACACUCUAUACCCUUCCAGCCUCACAUUCAACAGAAAACAAGCUAAGAAUCGACAAGUGGAAAGCAAUUAUAAGGAAACUGUCCCUUCACAAUGAACUCAGGAGUGUGUGGAAUGAGCUUAAAGUCAGGGGUGGGUUUUCAACAAAUGAGGAUUUUAUCAUUCAUUUGUUGAGACGUGAAUCAGAGAGACAAUGCGUUGAGUACGAUGUGCUUGCUAGCAAACCACCACCAGAUGUGUCAGAUGUCACCAAUUAUGGUGUAGAUACCCCAUCAGAUAUGGCCAACUCUCCGGAAGUCAGUGUCAACUUUGAAUCUGACACAUUGUCGUGUAAGACAGAUACGGUCACAGACGUCCGUUGUAAUAGUGUGGGGUUGUUACAAAAAGACUCAACCGGUGUUGCAGAGUACGCUAGUAAACUUGGUACCUUGUGCCAACAGCCAGACUGCAGUUCAAGGCAGUAUGAAUUAACAGUGCUGGACUCUCAGAAGAAGCAUGCAAAGGAUGAUACAGACCUGGAGUUCCCUGUUGAUGAGGUGAUUGACUGUCUCUGAAAGCCCAAAGGCUGUAAAUGAUGUGCAAUCAUACAAUUAUCACCAACUGUGGAGUAUCCUUUCGCCAAAAUCACCAUAAUUUUUAGUAUAUAGCACACCAUAAUCACGAAUUCCAUCAAUAGAGUUGAAUAUUGACCCUAAUAAUUUCUUACCACGUUUGAAAGUUUACCCCAGUUCAUGUCCUUG